GCAAAUCAAGGGCAUUAUAGUCUUGAAUGCGACUCAUGAAUAUGAAUCAAACUGCAACUUUAAAUAACAGCCAGUUAUGUUUCAGAUCAUUAAAAAACUCAUGUCAGAGACAAACUUACUCUACAAACUUGCGUAUUCCUCUGUAUUUAGCAUUAUGCACAGUAAUUCUGUUCACUGUGUCUGGGAACAGUUUGGUCAUCAUUUCUAUCGCUCAUUUCAAGCAGCUUCAUACACCAACAAACUUUCUAACGCUUUCUUUAGCAGUUGCUGACUUUCUUCUUGGAGGACUGGUAAUGCCACCCAGUGCAAUCAGAACUGUUGAAAAAUGUUGGUAUUUUGGUGAUAUCUUCUGUAUAUUUCAUAGCAGUAUAGACCUCUUGCUUUGCAUAACUUCUAUUUUGCAUCUUUUCUUCAUUUCAAUUGAUCGCUAUUAUGCAAUUUGCCAUCCUUUCAAAUAUAAGUCAAAAUUUACAGUAGUCCUUAUAAAAAAGAUGAUUUUCCUUUGCUGGUCUCUAGCAGCUGUUUAUGGAUUUGCAAUGAUUUUUGCAGAAUUCAAUAUAAAGCCUAAAGACAGUAUACAUGAUAAGAACAAUUAUUGUGUAGGAAGCUGUAAUGUUAUUCAGAAUGAAGUUUCAACAAGAAUUUCUUCAAUAAUUUCUUUUUAUAUUCCUGGAUCUAUUAUGAUUGUAAUCUAUGUGAAGAUUUACAUGGUAGCAACAAAGCAGGCCAAAUCUUUACGACAAACAAUUGAACACAGAAAUGAAGACUCAAGGAAAAGAGAAGCAAAGGCGGCAAAAACACUGGCAAUCAUUGUUGGGGUUUUUCUUUGUUGCUGGUCACCUUCUUUUUUCUGCAUCACUAUUAACCCUGCUAUUCAUUUUUCAAUCCCUUCAUUGCUUCUGGAAAUUGUUUACUGGUUUUCCUAUACAAAUUCAACCUUUAAUCCUUUUAUCUAUGCAUUUUUUUAUAAAUGGUUUAGAAAAGCACUAAAAUUAAUUAUAUUAGGUAAAAUAUAUGAAAGCAAGUCUUGCUCAGUGCAGCUUUAUUCAGAGUAAAGUCACAGAAGAAUUGAAUUCACAUAUGUUGUAAAAACAAUUAUAUUUUAUAGGCACAUGAUUAAUAUUUUUUUUUGCAUUUUAAAAUUAGAGUUAGGAAAACAAUACCCCAGCAGCACUGGUGUGAAUAGCAGGAGCCUUUGUGAGCAUGGCAGUGUUUUAGAGUUUCAGGUACUGUUUUAGUGAGUCAAGGUUUUACGGUGCCCAAUUAUGCUGACAUACAUGUAUCUGAAAUAUAAGAGAAGGAAAAAAGAACACACACAUAGAUAUAGGAAGACCAUGUGCACUCCACCAGACAACUGAUCAGCUGGCAUUACAACCCAGUCUGCUGGAGCUGUGGGAGAGCAGCAGCACCCUGUUGUGCCAACGUUUUACUCCUCAGGAAUUACUGAUCACUAAAAUGACAACGGCUGCAAUCUCUACAAUUUUAUAGUAGUGUUCCAACAUAAGCUUAUCUUGUUUAAAGUAUAAUAGUGAGACAACUGAUUCGUAAUCAUUGAAUACUGAUGUCAAGAUCAGGAGCACAGAGAAUAAUCCGUAUUAUAGAUUAGCAGGAAAAUUUUACUGAACUGAUUAGGAUUCCUCAAAUUAACUUAAAUGGCAUCAAUCAUCUAAAUAUUAGUUAUUUACAUAAAACAAACAUUUGAGGAUCAGAAUAAAGCACACAGCUGAACAGAAGCCAUCUGUAUCACAUUUAUGAAAUAAUCACUAUGCAGAUUCUAAAAAAAAGAACUACUAAAAAAAUCAAAGAAAACUCCAAGGAAAACCAGAGUGUUGCAGGUUGCAGCAGAAAACAUGCUACUUUUGAUAUGUGCAAAUUAAUUUUCUUUGUGGAAAAUGUAAAUGUACAGUACAUAUUACAGUACUGAAUGGACUUUCAUACAACUUUAGUUAUUGGAAAGAAAAACAAAACACAACAUGGUGGCACAGUGGUUAGUGCUUGUGCCUUACAGAUCCACCAACUUAUUGUUGUCUGUGUGGAGUUUGCACCUCCCUGUGUUUCUGAGGCUUUUCUUCCCAUUUUCAUAAAAAUGUGCAAGUAAAAUGGAGACAGUAAAUUGGACCUGUGGAUGUGUGACUGAUUGGGUUCUGUAAAGUUGACUGUUGAUUAUUUUUGUCAUUUUCCUGUUCACUGUAUUUACACUUUGUGUUUGUCAUAUUUAUUUACUAUUUUCAAAUACAAAAUUAUAUCCUUUACAAAGGAAACAGUAAUAAAAUGGUUUAGAUGU